AUGACUAUUCACCGGGAGCCGCUCACGGAAGCCAAGGUUGUCCUCCAGGGCUGCAGACAACAUUACUUCACAGUGAACUUCUCCAAUGACAGCCAGAAGACCUUGGAGUUGAGGACCGAGGAUGCCAAGGACUGUGAAGAGUGGGUGGCUGCGAUCGCUCGCGCCAGCUACAAGAUACUGGCCACAGAACAUGAGGCGCUCAUGCAGAAGUACCUGCACCUGCUGCAGGUAGUGGAAACAGAGAAGACUGUGGCUAAACAGCUGCGCCAGCAGCUUGAGGACGGUGAGGUUGAAAUCGAGCGCCUGAAGACGGAGGUUCAGAGCUUCCUUCGGGGAUGGCUGUGCCGGCGAAAGUGGAAGAACAUCAUCCAGGACUACAUCCGGUCUCCCCACGCGGACAGCAUGCGCAAGAGGAACCAGGUGGUGUUCAGCAUGCUGGAGGCCGAGGCUGAGUACGUACAGCAGCUACACAUCCUUGUCAACAACUUCCUGCGCCCACUGCGCAUGGCCGCCAGCUCUAAGAAACCCCCUAUAACACACGACGACGUCAGCAGUAUCUUUCUGAACAGUGAGACCAUCAUGUUCCUGCAUCAGAUCUUCUACCAAGGCCUGAAGGCCCGUAUCUCCAGCUGGCCCACCCUGGUGCUGGGUGAGUAGCCAUCCCCAUGGGGUCCUACAUAUUCCUUUNCUGGGCAGGAGACAGCUCUGUCCCUCUAGAUC